AUGGGAGGCCGUCGCAUCCAACCGACAGCUCCCCCAGUCGAACUCUAUGCCGGCGAUUUCUCAGCCGAAUCGGGUAGAAGACAACAUAGCCCUCCACCAUCAUAUCCAGGCUCUAUCGCUUCGAGGAGGACACAUUUUGCACAUGAUAGAGAUUCGAUCUAUCAACGGAUUGACAGAGGAGGAGAUGAUUCCGAAGAUGAGAGCACGAAGGAGCCACCUGUUGAAGUCAUUUCUACCGAUAAAGCAGCUCGAUUCCAUCCCAAAACGAUCAGUCCGAGGAAGAAGAAUAAGAGGAGGAGGGAGAAUCCUAUGUAUCACACUAAAAGAGGAUGCACGGACGUGAUCUGCUGUUUUCUGUUUAUGCUGUUCAUCGCCGGAUGGGGAUUCAUCGCCGUUAUAGGCUUCCUUCAAGGCAACCCGGAACGUCUGAUCCACCCAAUGGACUCUCAGGGAAGACGCUGUGGAUUCGCGAGGACUGGCGCUUAUGAUCUAACAAGCAAGCCAUAUCUUUUGUUCUUCGAUAUGACGGCCUGUAUCUCGUAUUCAACAUUGCUGGCCGGCUGCCAGACACCACAGAUCUGUGUACCGACGUGCCCACAGAGCUACUUCUCGUAUCUCCAGCUGAAGGUGUUCUCCGAUGGUUCUCUUCCAUUCAACGAGAUGGUCAAGGCCAAUAUGUACUGUGUUGAUGGCUUUGAUGCCUCUACACUCACCACAUUUGCCCUUGUACAACAAGCCGUCAACGACCGCAAAUGCGCCAAGUACACCGUCCCUUCAGCUCCAGUUCUGGGCCGUUGUAUGCCGCAGAUCCUGAUCGGGACGGUGGAAGAGCUAGACAAGCUUCAAGCCGCCAAUGGAACUCUCGAUGUAUUGAUUGGACAAUUUGGAGAUGAUGGAGGAACCAUUCCAAAGCAGACCAUGCUCAAUGACACCAGCAAGAUGGUAGGCGAGGUGAUACUAUCUGAGGGCGUGUUGACCAAGAUGGCGUCUGAUUUGGCACAGAGCUGGUGGCAAAUCCUGACGUUGAUCAUCAUCGCCGGUGUACUCGCAUUCCUAUGGACGGUUGUCAUGAGGAUAUUUGGAUCUCUGAUGAUAUGGUCUUCGAUUGGGAUUAUUGUCGGCGGGCUGAGUGUCGGUUGCGGCUACUGCUGGCUAAAAUGGAAUGGCCUAAAAGCCUCGGGGGCCACCGACGACUUCUCAUUCCAGCCAAUAUUCGAGCUCUACUUUGAGAUGCCAACCACUUGGCUCGUUUUUGCAAUUGGAGGGAGUGCCAUUCUUCUGAUCAUCGUCCUCAUCCUACUCUGUGUCGCCAGUCGGAUCCGUCUUGGUGUGGCGAUGAUCGAGGAGAGCAGCAAAGCAAUCGCUCACAUGAUGUCGACAUUGAUCUUCCCGAUCUUCCCAUUCCUCCUCCAUAUCAUCGUAUUUAUUGUCUGGGGUACUGUAGCCAUCUGGUUGGCAUCAACAGGAGAAGAGAAUUGUCGACAACAAGGACAAACUGCCAAUCAGACAAUGGCCAAUCCCAGAUGUGACUGUGCUACACUCGGAAUUGAUACGAAUUGUGUGUACGUGAAUGUGACGCGAGAUAAUGAUCAAGUCUUCUGGUUCCAAGCCUACAAUCUCUUUGCUUUCUUCUGGAUGACGUGUUUUGUCACGGCUUUAGGGGAAAUUGCGCUAGCUGGCGCGUUUGCCAGUCAUUAUUGGGCUGUCGACAAGAAUCGAGACAUCCCCACGUUUCCGGUGCUGCGAGCGCUUUGCUUUGCCAUGAAAUACAACCUCGGCUCCCUGGCCUUUGGGAGUCUCCUAAUCGCCAUCGUCAAAUUCAUCCGUGUCAUCCUGGAUUAUCUCGACAAGAAAUCACAGACUACCCAGAACUCUGUCCUCAAAGCCAUCUUCUGCCUUUUGAAAUGUUGGUUCUGGUGCCUGGAGGUGUUCCUCAAGUUUUUGACGAAGAAUGCGUAUAUUAUGAUGGCCAUUUAUGGGAAGGGCUUCUUCACCUCAGCCAAAGACAGUUUCUUGCUGUUGACGAGGAAUUGUAUUCGAGUGGUUGUCAUCAAUCAAGUCACCGCAUUUCUCCUCUUCAUCGGAAAAGCCGCGAUUACCAUCGGAAUUGGUGUGGUGGCGUAUUUCUGGUUCACAGGCAAAUGGACGAUAGAUGGGAUCCCUCGUGUGGAUCUGUAUUAUUAUUUCCUUCCAAUCAUCAUUGUCCUCAUCGGCUCCUAUUUCAUUGCCGAUAUGUUCUUUGAUGUCUACGAGAUGGCCGUCGACACGACAUUCAUUUGCUUUUUGGAAGACAGCGAACAGAAUGACGGCAGCCCCGAGAAACCCUUCUUCAUGUCGGCCAAUCUGCUGAAGAUUCUCGGGAAGAAGAACGAGACCCAUAUCAACGUCUCCAGCUCGUCCUCCUCCUCCAAA